AUGACUGCUCGAGUGCUCACGGCGAUGACGCAGCCAUUCAAAGACACCUACGCUCCAGAAUUAGAGGACAUUAAGACGAUCGCAAGAUCCCUUGAGGCCUUCCGCGAAUCUCACCUGUCAGGAACCACAGACAUUGCUCAUGUCCUCUGUCAGCCAGGAAACCCAAGAGAAGAAAAGACACUGGCCAGUUCCACUGACAUCGCAAACCUCCGACCCCUCGAGCCCGUCCCUGACGAUGCCAACAAGCUUCAGAUCUCCGCCAGCUCCCUCGAAAGCCUCACCAAGCACCUGACGCUGCCUGCGGCGUUCAUCUUCGCCCUCACCCGCUACUACCUGCCCAACGGACGAGGCAGCCGCCAGAUCAAGAUUGGCGAAAAGACAUGCCACGACACGUGGUAUUUCCUCCCAGUCCGGGUUCAGGUCGAGACAGUCGGCACCAACCCUCCGUCGAACCCGCCCGCGACCACUGACGACGACGACGCCAGCCAGAUGAACCCCUUUUACAAGCUCCAUCUUCCGAACGUGCAGAGAGAUAUCCACCGGUCGUGCGUGGGCAUCUUCUCGCGCGUCGAAUCGGACUCGCGGCGCUUCACAUUCGUGGCCUUUGACUUUAUGCACGGCCGCUGGCCCAAGGUCGCCCUCGAGCCAAGGGAGCGCAUCGGUGACGUUCUCAAGCGCCACCCCCAGAGUCCCGAUGCCAGCUUUGGCCGCGAGCACUGCGUGCACCUCGUCUACCUGACGAGCGCCACCCGCUGGUGGACCAAUUCUCUGUCGAGCGUCAACGAGCAGCUCAUUGCCUACGAGCGCCGCCUGCAAGCCGAGCUCGACAGGGCUGGCACCACGCCCGAGUCGGUCCUGACGGAGCUCAACAGGGCGCUGCACUCGAUCGCCGCGCAUCUCCAGCGGUACCUGUCCGAGCUCAAGUCCCUGCGGGGCAUCGCGGCCGACCUCUCGGCCGAUUACGCCUCUGUCCACGAGAACGACGCCAAGCCUGGCAAUAAGGAGGCAUUGAAACAGGCGGCCCGCGGCUUUGCCCAGGUUCUUUCGCAGGUCGAUGCGGCCCACGAGUUGGCCGUGGAGCUCGAGAAGAAGACGCAGAACAUCCUGGCCCUCAUUAGCAGCGACCGUCUGCUCGUAGCCAACGGGGAAGCAAUGCAGGGUAUUCUGAGAGCCAUGCAGGAAGACGCCAGCCUUGCCCAGCGGAUGGCGACUGAAUCGCACAGGCUCGCGCAAGAGAUGAAGAAGGACAGCAUUGCCAUGAAAACGCAUCUGGCGGAAGCGGGCUCAAGAGUUGGUCAGGGAGGCGGAGGAUGGUGUACCCCUGCAAGGCUUGCCGAAUAUUCGGCAAAACGGACACGUACGAUAGCACAACGUCCAUCUGUGGGUAUCCAGGAUGAAGCGGCAGCCCUCUUGUCAUCACGCACUGUUCCAGGAAUGCCACGCAGCCUCCCCUAG